AAAAUCGUGAAAUUAUCACUUAAAUUAACCUUUUCUAAGCACGAUAUCAGCAAAUUCAAGUGUUUUGCAUCCGCCGUCAUCGUUCUCGUUGAAAAAGUCGCGAGGCAUUUCGUUCUGCACCGGUAUUUCCGGCACCGGCUACACCUCGCUUCAUCGUGCGGCUUUUUCCGCGUCUUUCCAUUUUUCACUAGAUAAUUCACUAAAAUCUUCAGUAAAUCAUGUCGAAGGCACAUCCCCCAGAGUUGAAGAAGUACAUGGAUAAGCGGCUUUCGCUUAAGUUGAACGGCGGGCGUGUGGUUUCCGGGAUUCUCCGCGGAUUCGACCCUUUCAUGAACGUAGUACUCGAUGAAUCAAUCGAGGAAUGCAAGGAUGGCACCCGGAACAACAUCGGCAUGGUGGUUAUCCGGGGCAACAGCAUCAUUCUGGUGGAGGCGCUGGAUCGAAUAUAAAACUAGCGAAUCUGUAAUUCCUCAAUAAACAUAAUUACAAGCGUGUAUUUUUCCAUA